AUGAGUGUGGAGGCGUUACAGUCGCGCUCGCCGCGGCUCACGUCAGAGGAGCAGAGUGACCUGGCCUGGAGUGUGUGGCUGCUGAGGCCGCAGCAGCCGGCAGGCGCGGCGCGGCGUCGCCUGUCGCUGGGAGAGGACACUGUGCGCCCAGGGUCCCACGCGAGGGAGCAGUGCGGCUGCGUCAGCCCGGGACGCCGACGAGUCAGCAGGCGCCGCGCUCCGGAAGACCGCCUGCCGGCUUCUCCUCCCACAACCACGGCCGCGCAACUACUACAAACUCCUGACGCUGCGAACGAGAAGCGGCUCCAGAGACCCGAUAAAGGUAAGCGCGCAGUGGCUGGCCGCGCGUGCGUUGCUCGUGCGUGGGCGGAGCGCCGCGGCGUGCGCGUUGUGCCGGGCCAGGCAGCCCUGACCUACCGCAAGCGGCGGCCGCAGCGCGCAGGGCAGCAGGUAGUCACACUUACACACUGCAAUCGACAUCGCCCACCUCCUCCUCCUCCUCCUCCUCCUCCUCCUCAUCCUCCGGCUGCCCACCCGCCGCCUACGCUCAGCUCGGUCUGCUGCUCCGGCUGCCCACCCGCCGCCUACGCUCAGCUCGGUCUGCUGCUCCGGCUGCCCACCCGCCGCCUACGCUCAGCUCGGUCUGCUGCUCCGGCUGCCCACCCGCCGCCUACGCUCAGCUCGGUCUGCUGCUCCGGCUGCCCACCCGCCGCCUACGCUCAGCUCGCUCGGUCUGCUGAUCCGGCUGCCCACCCGCCGCCUACGCUCAGCUCGGUCUGCUGCUCCGGCUGCCCACCCGCCGCCUACGCUCAGCUCGGUCUGCUGCUCCGGCUGCCCACCCGCCGCCUACGCUCAGCUCGGUCUGCUGCUCCGGCUGCCCACCCGCCGCCUACGCUCAGCUCGGUCUGCUGCUGCGGCUGCCCACCCGCCGCCUACGCUCAGCUCGGUCUGCUGCUGCGGCUGCCCACCCGCCGCCUACGCUCAGCUCGGUCUGCUGCUGCGGCUGCCCACCCGCCGCCUACGCUCAGCUCGGUCUGCUGCUGCGGCUGCCCACCCGCCGCCUACGCUCAGCUCGGUCUGCUGCUGCGGCUGCCCACCCGCCGCCUACGCUCAGCUCGGUCUGCUGCUGCGGCUGCCCACCCGCCGCCUACGCUCAGCUCGGUCUGCUGCUGCGGCUGCCCACCCGCCGCCUACGCUCAGCUCGGUCUGCUGCUCCGGCUGCCCACCCGCCGCCUACGCUCAGCUCGGUCUGCUGCUCCGGCUGCCCACCCGCCGCCUACGCUCAGCUCGGUCUGCUGCUCCGGCUGCCCACCCGCCGCCUACGCUCAGCUCGGUCUGCUGCUGCGGCUGCCCACCCGCCGCCUACGCUCAGCUCGGUCUGCUGCUGCGGCUGCCCACCCGCCGCCUACGCUCAGCUCGGUCUGCUGCUGCGGCUGCCCACCCGCCGCCUACGCUCAGCUCGGUCUGCUGCUGCGGCUGCCCACCCGCCGCCUACGCUCAGCUCGGUCUGCUGCUGCGGCUGCCCACCCGCCGCCUACGCUCAGCUCGGUCUGCUGCUGCGGCUGCCCACCCGCCGCCUACGCUCAGCUCGGUCUGCUGCUGCGGCUGCCCACCCGCCGCCUACGCUCAGCUCGGUCUGCUGCUGCGGCUGCCCACCCGCCGCCUACGCUCAGCUCGGUCUGCUGCUGCGGCUGCCCACCCGCCGCCUACGCUCAGCUCGGUCUGCUGCUGCGGCUGCCCACCCGCCGCCUACGCUCAGCUCGGUCUGCUGCUGCGGCUGCCCACCCGCCGCCUACGCUCAGCUCGGUCUGCUGCUGCGGCUGCCCACCCGCCGCCUACGCUCAGCUCGGUCUGCUGCUGCGGCUGCCCACCCGCCGCCUACGCUCAGCUCGGUCUGCUGCUGCGGCUGCCCACCCGCCGCCUACGCUCAGCUCGGUCUGCUGCUGCGGCUGCCCACCCGCCGCCUACGCUCAGCUCGGUCUGCUGCUGCGGCUGCCCACCCGCCGCCUACGCUCAGCUCGGUCUGCUGCUGCGGCUGCCCACCCGCCGCCUACGCUCAGCUCGGUCUGCUGCUGCGGCUGCCCACCCGCCGCCUACGCUCAGCUCGGUCUGCUGCUGCGGCUGCCCACCCGCCGCCUACGCUCAGCUCGGUCUGCUGCUGCGGCUGCCCACCCGCCGCCUACGCUCAGCUCGGUCUGCUGCUGCGGCUGCCCACCCGCCGCCUACGCUCAGCUCGGUCUGCUGCUGCGGCUGCCCACCCGCCGCCUACGCUCAGCUCGGUCUGCUGCUGCGGCUGCCCACCCGCCGCCUACGCUCAGCUCGGUCUGCUGCUGCGGCUGCCCACCCGCCGCCUACGCUCAGCUCGGUCUGCUGCUGCGGCUGCCCACCCGCCGCCUACGCUCAGCUCGGUCUGCUGCUGCGGCUGCCCACCCGCCGCCUACGCUCAGCUCGGUCUGCUGCUGCGGCUGCCCACCCGCCGCCUACGCUCAGCUCGGUCUGCUGCUGCGGCUGCCCACCCGCCGCCUACGCUCAGCUCGGUCUGCUGCUGCGGCUGCCCACCCGCCGCCUACGCUCAGCUCGGUCUGCUGCUGCGGCUGCCCACCCGCCGCCUACGCUCAGCUCGAAUGGACAUUUUCUCGUGAUGUAAAUUCUCGUGAUGUAAAUUCUCGUGAUGUAAAUUCUCGUGAUGUAAAUUCUCGUGAUGUAAAUUCUCGUGAUGUAAAUUCUCGUGAUGUAAAUUCUCGUGAUGUAAAUUCUCGUGAUGUAAAUUCUCGUGAUGUAAAUUCUCGUGAUGUAAAUUCUCGUGAUGUAAAUUCUCGUGAUGUAAAUUCUCGUGAUGUAAAUUCUCGUGAUGUAAAUUCUAGUGAUGUAAAUUCUAGUGAUGUAAAUUCUAGUGAUGUAAAUUCUAGUGAUGUAAAUUCUAGUGAUGUAAAUUCUAGUGAUGUAAAUUCUAGUGAUGUAAAUUCUCUAUGUGCUAGUGCAUAG